GAUGCUCUCGACUACCUCACUCACGUAGGCUGCAGACGUCUUUCUCUGCACAUUGCUGUCCUCUGGUAUGCCUUUGCUUUGCAUCAAGGUACUGGUCUCUAGACUAGAACCCUGCCCAGACCCCAGCAACCAAUUGAGUUUCUGGCAGGGGAGCAGAUUAGAAGGAAGUAAACCGGGAGCCGGCUCCGCUGCAGCUCCCGGCGUGCCCCGCACUCUCUGCUGCCCGCCCGCGGGCCCCUCCUUCUUCUCGUCCGAGUGCCACCGAGCGGGAGCGCGAGCCGCCGCCACCUCGGCAGCACAGCUGAGGGCACAAUGGAGAAAGUGGCCUUUGAGGAUGUGGCUGUGAACUUCACCUCAGGAGAGUGGGCUUUGUUGGAUUCCAGUCAGAAGAAGCUCUUCAGAGAUGUGAUGAAGGAGACAUAUUUGAACCUGAUCUCCAUAGAAAAAUCAGUAGAAGAAAAUAUUGGAGAGGACUGCAAAGACCUCAGCAGAAACAUGGGGACUCAAGUGAUUGAUAAAGACUGUGGAUAUACAUGUGAUCGUGAGUGUGAUAAAAACCAGGAACCGAUUACAGAGAAUAUCAUCAAUAAAGACUUGCAUUCUGGAGAAAGAGUAUGUGAAAAUCUAUUUCGUGUAGAAAACGUCAUUGGUCAUUCAUCCUCACAUGGCUAUCACAGAGACCAAACUACAGGGACACCGUAUGUAUGGAAGAAAGCUAUGGCAAAAGCUUUUACACAUCAGGCACAUUGGAAAGAUGUCCAUCAUUCUGAAUCACUUCAGGUACUUGAAACUUCUCCCAAGGAGAAACCCUGUGAGAGUCAAGAAUAUAAUGAAGCCCAUAGGAGUCUCAGUUUGCAUCAGCCUCAGGAGAGAACUUACACUGGAGUUACACUCAAUGACAAUGAUGUAAGGGGAUACACAUAUGUUCAGAACGAUGAAGUAAUCCACAUAGAUGCGAAAAAAUUUGUAUGUAAGCUUUUUGAAGAAUCCUUCAUUGAUUCCAGUGACCUUUACAACCAUGAAAAUAGUCAUAUUGGGCAGAAAAGGUACAAUUGUAUGCAAUGUAGCAAAACAUUUAAAUAUGCAAAAUGUCUUGAGAAUCAUAAAGUAACUCAUACAAAAGAGAAUCCUUAUGCUUGUAAGUAUUGUGAAAAAACCUUUACAUGCUCCAGUCAUGUGAAGAAACAUGUAAGGAUUCACACUGGAGAGAAGCCUUAUGCUUGUAAAAAUUGUCAAAAAACUUUUGCAAGGUCCAGUCAUCUGAACAGACAUGAAAAAAUUCAUACUGGAGAGAAGCCUUAUGCUUGUAGGCAUUGUGGGAAAGCAUUUAACCGCUCCAGUCAACUGCAGAGUCAUGAAAACAUUCACACUGGAGAGAAGCCUUAUGCUUGUAGGCAUUGUGGAAAAGCAUUUACUACCUCCAGUAAUCUGAAUGUUCAUGAAAGGAUUCACAGUGGAGAGAAACCUUAUGUGUGUAAGUAUUGUGGAAAAGCCUUCACUGACUUCAGUAGUCAUAAGAAUCAUGAAAGAAAGCACACGGGAGAGAAGCCUUAUGCUUGUAAGCAUUGUGGAAAAGCCUUCGUUGACUCUAGUAGUCAUAAGAAACAUGAAAGAAAGCACACUGGAGAGAAGCCUUAUGCUUGUAGGCAUUGUGGGAAAGCAUUUAUCUCCUCCAGUAAUCUGAACAGACAUGAAAGGAUUCACACUGGAGAGAAGCCCUAUGCUUGUAGAAUUUGUUGUAAAGCAUUUACCACUUCCAGUAGUCUGAAAGUUCAUGAAAACAUUCACAGUGGAGAGAAGCCUUAUGCAUGUAAGAAUUGUGGAAAAACCUUCGGCCAGUCCAAUAGUCAUAAGAGACAUGAAGGGAAACACACUAGGUAGAAGUAUUAAUGUAUGUAAAUAUUACGUAAAAACCUUUAUCCCUUUAUAUCCUAACUUGAAUGAAAAACAUCACUGGAGAGAAACAUUUUUUGUGUAAAGCAUGUGGGAAACUAUUCAUUCAGUCUAGUGAUCUUUACAACUGUGAAAAAACUUCACUCAAAAGAUAGGCAUUAUUCAUGUAAGUAUUUUGGAAAAGCCUUCAUGACUCCAGUAGUCCCCACAGACAUGGGAGGUGUCACACCGGAGAGAAGUCUUAUGCUUUUCAGCAGUGUAGAAAAGCUUUCAAGCACUCUGGUGAUAACAGCAGACAUGAAAUGCUUCACUCUAGUCAGUAGCCUAAUGCUUGUUAACAUUGUGGAAAAGCCUUCUAUAGUUCCAAUUGGCACAAGGGCAGUAAAGACAUUCACACUGGAGAGAAAGCCUUUCUUUGUAAGUAUUUGGGAAACUAUUUCUUCUUGUGAUUUCCUCAAGGAUAAAAGACCUCACACUUGUGGGGAACUUUUUCAAUGUCAGCAUUGUGGAAAAGCCUUGGCCUCUUCAAGUUUCUGUGACCCACAUGCAAGAAUUGACCUUGGAAAGAAGUUUAAUGAAAGUGUGCAUCUAAGUAAUGUGCCAAAGCCUUCACCAGUUCCUGCUGCCAGCAUAUUCUCAAGAAUCCAUCCUAUAGAAAGGCCUUACAUGGGUAUGCAUUGGAAAAUGUUUUAGCAGCAAUAGUUCAUAUUAUACCCAAACAUUUAUUUCACUGGUGAAAGCCUUUAUGUUCAGAAUAAAUGUGGGAAAAUACUCCAAUUGUUUAGAAUAAAAGAAGUUUAAUAACGUGA